AUGCCUGCUCGUGCAGCGGUUGCGGGAGCGGUGGGGGUUGUUGUAGCCGGGACGAGGGCUGAGGGUUCGCCGUUGACACCGAAAGAGGCGGAAGCGGGAGCGGAAACGGUUUCCUCCUCCUCCUCCUCCUUCUUCUUCAGUGCCGCGCGUCUCAGGCGCCUCGCUUGCUCGAUCGCCUCGGCGGCGGUCUGCAGCCCCUCCCUCUCCUCCUCCUCCCUCCUCCUCCUCUCGGCGGACCGCAACCCCUGCUGAAUCUGUCGCUGUCGUUCUUCCCGUUGGUACUGUUUCUCUUCCUCUUCCUCUUCCUGCUGGCACUGCUGCUGCUGCUGCUGCUGCUGCUGCUGCUGCUGCUGCUUCUGUCGCUGUCGUCGCUCCCGUUGGCGCUUAUCCUCUCCCUCUUGCUUCUGUUGCUGAUUUCGGCGUGAAGCAGAAGAAGACGAACGAAACCGGACGCGCGUCUGCGCGUGAUCGGGUGCAUCCUCCUCCUCCAAGCAGCCCCCGCCCUUGCCAUCGCCUGCAUCGCCACCCAGCCUUCUUCUCGAUGAUGAAGCCUCCUCUCCUCUCCCGCGAUCCCUUCCACCACCACCCUCACCUGUGCUCACGACGCUGCUGCGGGCAACGUUGUCAGUCGCGCUCGCUUGACUGUCCCGUGUCCCCAUGCCCCAUCCAGCAUCAGCCUCCGCGUGCUUGUUGGCUGCCCCCUGCCCGAACGAAGAGGUGCCCCUGUCUUGAUCUUGCGACGACCUCUGCUGCUGUUGCUCUGGCUCUUGCUGCCGGUGCCGCCGCCGAUGCCGCUGCUGCUGUUGCUGCUCUGGCUGCUCCUCCUCCUGUUGUUGUUGUUGUUGCUGCU